AUGCCAAAGAUCUGCCGAGACCCAAACGAAGACAAAAAUAUUUAUAUUGGCCAAGCGGGCUCCACACGUCUGCUUUUUGUGCCUUUCCACUCUCCUCUUUCUCUCCUCUUCUCUCUCUGCUGGAUAGCGGCCUUGACGCCAGAGACCUUGAAUUACAUCCAUUUCCAUGGCGGCUUCUCCACGGAAAACAUAUAUACCUGCAUAAAGCGUCGAAGUUUUACUCGUAUUUCGUGGUCAAGCUCGCUGAACUGCCUGGAAUUUUUAUUCAUUCCUCUUUCUUUGAUUUAGGCAGAUCUACGCCUUUCUUAGGCUUUCUUUUUGUCUUUUUCCUCUUUUGGAGCUUGAAGGACGUGUUAAAUGCCCUUGUUUUGUCACAGAGAGGGAUGUUUAGAGACGAUUUGAUUAAAGGACACGAUCUAUAUUUUCUUUUGACAAAAGGAUACGAUCUAUGUUGGCAGGAAUCAAUGGUUCAGCUCUUAGUUGAUUAGUUGAACAAUUUUAAAAUGAAGGAAGAGGAGCUUCUGUUUAUUAAUUCAUUGGAGGCUGCGAACUGUUUGGUCACCAUUAUAAGAAAGAGGAAAAAAUUAUGCUGUUGAAGGAUAAGACGUGAACAAAUGGACAGUGGCAAACUUGUUGACACUGUGGCAUUUUUCUUUCUGUUGUGGAUUUUGUUGGAAGGCUCAAGUGGACAGCAAUUAAAAGAGGAUUUCUUUUCUGGGACACCGGAUAUGGUGGAGCAACUGUGGAUGAUAUGCCAAUCAGAUAUUGAACCUAAUGGGGUAUUUGAGAAAAACUCAUAUUUUGAUUAUUCUCCCAAGAUGGCCAUUCAAUCCUCUGAAAUCAAUGUGGGUGCUGAUUCUGAGGCCCUACACAGUUUACUGAAUAACAUAGCUCAUCUACCACCUGAUAUGAAGCGUGAAAUUCUGGACUGUCUCAAUAAGAAACAUAUUUUUCAUGGUAUUUCUGGUGAAGAUUCCAGGCGUGGAAGUCGGUAUCUCGAGCAUCUAGAUUCUCUUCUUGGUUGGAGAAGUUCUUUGAGACGCAAGUUGGGUGACUCAUUAAAACAAAACAUAGGAGUGACCCUUUCUAAUUCAUUUGAACCACCUGCCCCUUCGCCUGCACCUUCUUCUUCACAAGCUUCUGAAAGUAUGAAUGGUCCUUCUCCUGCUGAAGGUCCAAAACAACCUUUGCAUUCUUCCCCUCCAGGCCCCCAAGUCUUAGCUGGGGUGCCAUCUUCAGUUAGCGGGCAUGCUUCUGUAAGUCCUAGUGGUGCUCCUCCAGGGGGUGGUUCUAACACUAAAAGUGUGGUUGUACUUGCUGUUGUCAUAACUGCAUUAUCGACAUUUCUUUGUGCUGGUUUCCUUUUCUGUCUCUAUUACAAAUGUUGUAGAGAUGCCAAUGCCUCUAGCGAUGGAACAAAAGAUGAACGACCUCUACUCACCCUAAGCAUGAGUGAUUUCUCAAUUGGUUCUUCUGAAAAAUCAUUUCCAUCUGAUGGCCUGUCAAUGAGUAAAGAAAAGUUUAGAAGCAUGUCUUUUCCCUCAAACUCGAACAAGAAUGGAUGGGUUAUUGAUGUGCAGAACUCAUCCUUCAUGCCUGUACAAAAUGGUCAGUUGUUAACAUCGGGGACAUCUGUCGCUCCUGCAACUCAGCUCGGCUCGGAUAAGCCCAUCUCUAUACCAUCACACACCAAUAUGUCAUCAUCAAAGCCACCUAGUUCACCUAGCCCAGCACCGCCACCUCCACCAAUGAUGCCUUUAGGAAGCAAACCAGGCCCUCGCCCUCCUGGUCCUCCUCCACCACCACCACCCACCUUUCCCAAGGUUGCAAAACCUGCUCCUCCCCCUUUGCCAAAAGGUCCUAGCCCCCCACCUCGACCACCAUUUUCAAGUUCAAUCAAUUCAAAGGCAGCCCAAACCCCACCAACUGGGCUGGGUCAGUCUAGCAGAACUGAACAAAGUGGUACAAUGCUCGAAGUUGAAGCCCCAAAAGCCAAGUUGAAACCAUUCCAUUGGGAUAAGGUUCUUGCGAACCCUGAUCACUCUAUGGUUUGGCAUCAGAUAAGAUCCGGGUCUUUUCAGUUUAAUGAAGAGAUGAUAGAGACUCUUUUUGGAUAUAAUACUGCGAACACACAGAAAGGCGAGCCAAAGAAAGAGUCUCUUCGUGAUUCUCCUAGUACAUAUAUUCAAAUUCUUGACCCCAAGAAGUCUCAGAAUUUGUCAAUUCUUCUACGAGCUUUGAAUGUUACAACUGAAGAAGUGUGUGAUGCACUUUUGGAAGGAAACGAGCUAAGUAUUGAACUCCUUGAGACUUUGUUGAAGAUGGCUCCGACCAUGGAUGAAGAAAGGAAGUUGAGAGCUUAUUCAGGUGAGCUUUCGCAACUUGGCACUGCAGAAAGGUUUCUCAAGGCCUUGGUUGAUAUUCCAUUCGCUUUCAAGCGCUUUGAGGCAUUACUCUAUAUGGGUUCUCUUGACGAGGAAGUCUCCUGUGUGAAGGAGUCCUUUGUGACUUUGGAGGUUGCGUGCAAGGAACUGAGAAACAGUCGCUUGUUUGUGAAACUCCUUGAAGCCGUUCUUAAGACUGGCAACCGCAUGAAUGAUGGGACAUUCCGUGGUGGUGCGCAAGCUUUCAAGCUCGACACUCUCUUGAAACUGUCUGAUGUGAAGGGAACAGAUGGCAAUACCACAUUACUCCAUUUUGUGGUUCAAGAAAUCAUCCGCUCUGAAGGAGUGCGUGCUGCGCGUGUUGCUAGACAUGGUAGCAGCAUAUCAAGCUGUAAUUCAGAGGAGAAUUUUGAGGAGAGUCCAAAUGAAAUGGGAGAUCAUUAUAGGAGCCUCGGCUUGCAGGUUGUUGCCAGCUUGGGCAGUGAGCUUGAGAAUGUUAGAAAAGCAGCAGCAAUAGAUGCUGACUCUCUAACAAACACUGUGUCCAGGCUUGGGCGUGGUUUGAUAAAAAUAAAGGACCUUGUUGAGAAGGAUAUGAAGGUCGACCAGCACAGAGGGUUCACUCGAACAGUUGAGUCUUUUCUGGCCCAUGCAGAACCUGAGCUUUCUCAGCUGCUAGAAGAAGAGAAGAGAAUAAUGGCUGUUGUGAAAGGGACCACUGAUUAUUUCCAUGGGGAUGCUGUGAAGGAUGAAGGGCUCCAUUUGUUUGUGAUUGUACGUGACUUUCUAGCUAUGUUGGAUAAGGUGUGUAAGGAGGUUGGAAAAACACCAAGGUGGGUAUCUCAAACAUCCAAAAUGAAGGUUGCCCAAACCCGAGUGACGUUGGGACCCAAUCCAAAGCAUUUACCUUUUCCUCGCAUAUUACAUCGAAGACCAGAUAGCUCUGACGAUGAUAGUCCGUAGAGAAAACUCUAGCUAUGGUGCAAAGGACAUUUUUCCCCAAAAAUUCAGUGGCUAGUUGUCCUUCUUGCUUCAUAUGAUGGAUGAGAUCCCGUAGUUUUGGAUUAACAGAUUCUUUUAGAGGUGGCUUAUUAGAACAUGGCAAAUUUUGCUGUCUUAAAACAAGGCGCCAGGCAAUCAAAGUUCUUGUCAAAUCAAAUCCUCAGAACUUUGAAUUGUGGCUGAGAUGCAAGGACAUAUUUCCUGCCUGGGAUGUCAUCCUUGCCAGAGGUCUAAUAGUACAAAUGUUAUGACUUAAGCUGAAAGGAUGUUGACGAUGAUGAUGCCAAUGGUGGUCAUAGCGGUGAUGAUAGUACUGUUGAUAACAAUGUAAACUCCCAAAAAUCCCACUUUUCCCUGUGUCUUGUAAGUAAAUUCUCUUUUCUUUCUUUUUUUCCUUAAUUAGAGGCAAAGCUUUGAGAUGCCUGGAGACUCGGGUGUCUUUGAGCAUUUUUUGACAAACGGAAUUUAUCAUGAUUGGUUGUUUAGAUUUAGAAAAUAUUUGCACAAGUGUUCAUAAUAUCUUUUUUUUUAUUAUUUAUAAAGUUAACCUUAAAUUGAAGAAGGGGUAUAUUCAUAAUAUCUUGAAAU